ACAAUUUUAGUAGGAAAAGUGAAAAUGCCUCCUGUACAGAUUCCUGCUGCUACUAAAUUAGUGACUAUGAAACAAUAUAGAAUUCCAGGAGGGCAUGAGGAGAUAUCACAGACAAUUAAAGAUUUAUUAGAUGCAGGAGUGUUGAAACCAGUUACCACAGCUUGGAACAAUCCGGUAUGGCCUGUCAAGAAAAGUGAUGGGUCAUGGAGAAUGACAGUAGAUUUUAGGGAAUUAAAUAAACACACCCCACCACUUACAGCAGCUGUACCAGAUACUAUUACUUUAAUAGAAAAGGUUCAAAAGCAUUCAGGGACUUGGUAUGCUGUAAUAGAUUUAGCUAACGCCUUUUUCACUAUCCCAAUUGCAGAGGAGCAUUGGGACCAAUUUGCCUUCACCUGGCAAGGAAGACAGUAUACCUUUACCAGAUUGCCUCAGGGAUGGCUGCAUAGUCCAACCAUUUGCCAUCGGACAGUGGCUGAGCAUCUGGAUAAGAUAAAAUUGCCUCCUUAUAUGCAAAUAGUGCAUUACAUUGAUGAUAUCCUAAUUCAGGGAAAUGAUGAGAAGGAAGUACAACAAAUACUUGAACAGGUGGUAGAUCAUAUGAGACAGAAAGGUUGGGAAAUUAAUCCUAACAAGAUUCAAGAACCAUCCCAAACGGUAAAAUUCUUAGGAAUUCAAUGGCAUUGUGGGCAUCGGGAAAUAUUACCCAAAGCUCGACAGAAAAUUUUGGAUUUUGCAGUGCCACAAAAUAAAAAUGAGGCACAGAGAUUUAUUGGAUUGUUUGGCUUUUGGCGGCAGCAUAUUCCCCAUUUAGGACAGAUUCUGACUCCUUUGCAUAAAGUAACAAGGAAAAAAUAUGAGUUUGAAUGGGGAAAUGAACAGCAAGCUGCUUUUGAGUCAGCAAAGGAAGCUAUUCAAAAGGCCCUAGAUUUGUGGCCAUUGCAGGAGGGAGAAGUGGAGUUAAAUGUGUCGGUAAAUGGAUUACAUGCCAAUUGGAGCCUAUGGCAAAAACAGGGAAAGAAAAAAGUUCCCUUAGGUUUUUGGGGACGAAAGCUGCCAGAGGCAGGAAAUAAUUAUACACCUUUUGAGAGACAACUAUUGGCAUGUUAUUGGGCGUUGGUAGAAACAGAGCAGCUUACAAUAGGACAUGAAGUGUCCCUUCGUCCUGAAAUUCCUAUCAUGCAAUGGGUUAAAAGCUCUCCUAAAACCCAUAGAAUUGGGCAUGCUCAAGAAUCGAGUAUCAUAAAGUGGAAAUGGUAUAUUCAGGAUAGGGCCAAGGUAGGGGUUGGUGGAGUAGCUACCCUCCACGAGAGAGUAGCUACUGCCCCCACAGGUGAUCAAGUAAUGAACCCUGAUUUCACAGUUGAACGGGAAUCCCCAGUACAAUGGGGAAAAGCUUUUGACCAAUUGACACCCUCUGAAAAGGAACAUGCUUGGUUCACUGGAUCAGCUAAGUAUAUAGGAGGGAAGAGGUUUUGGAAAGCAGUAGCUACCUAUCCCCAUCUAGAAAAAUUUUUAGAAACUACAGGAGAAGGGAAAAGCAGCCAGUAUGCUGAAUUAUAUGCAGCUUAUAUGGCCUUGAAACAAGAAGACCUAGGAGAAUGUCAUUUAUAUACUGACUCCUGGUCAGUAGCUAAUGGGUUAGCUACUUGGCUGCCAACAUGGGUAGCCAAAGAUUGGAAAAUAUACUCCAAAGAAGUCUGGGGAAAGGAAUUGUGGAAGGAUAUUUGGGAAAUAGUACAGAGGACUAAGGUGUCUGUGUUUCAUGUUGAUGCUCAUAGUAAUGUGAACACUUUAGAACGACUUUAUAACUCUGUCGUAGACAACCGGGCAAAGAUUUCCCAAGCUGGAUUAGAAUUCCCUCAAAAGGAUGAUCAUGAAGGCUUGGCAAAAUGGGCACACCAAAAGUGUGGGCACCUUGGAGAGAAAGCCACUUACAGGUGGGCCCAAGAGCGUGGCAUAACAAUGUCACUUGAUAUGAUCAAAACUAUAAUCGCCCAGUGCCCCGUGUGCCAACAUACUCACAAACGUCCAGUGCCUAAUAUUGUGAAAGGACAACUGGGAAGAGGAAAAUUGCCUGGACAAAUUUGGCAAAUGGAUUAUAUUGGACCUUUACCCCAGAACCUAGGGUGUAAAUAUGUCUGCACUGCUGUAGAUACAUAUUCUGGAUAUUUGAUUGCCCGUCCUUGUAAGAAAGCUACUCAUUAUAGUACUAUCUGUACUAUAGGCAUAAUCAUUUUGUACUAUGGAAUACCAUUGCAGAUUCAAACUGAUAAUGGGUCUCAUUUUCGAAACAAAUUUGUUCAACAGUAUGCUGAACAGCAAAAUAUUCAGUGGGUUUUUCAUAUACCGUACUAUCCACAAGCUGCAGGAUUGAUUGAACGAAUGAAUGGGUUGUUGAAAGAGCAGCUGAAGAAGUUAGGAGAUGGGAACCUAUCCCGAUGGAAAACUCAUCUCACAGAUGCGCUACAUAUUCUUAACAAUAGGCCCAUUGGGGAAAUGGAAACCCCUUUGAUGCGCAUGACUACACCCAAUUUACAAAUAAAACCUCUGACAGUAAGUGAGACUUUGACUUACUGGGAGAUUGUUCCGGGUGCGAUGGCCCCUUACCGGGCCACUCCAGAAGCUGCAGGGCUAGAUCUCUAUGCAUUGGAAUUGAUCAGGAUAAACCAAAAACAGAUGAAAGUUAUCAAUACUGGGAUAGGAAUUAAAAUUCCUCCAGGACACUUUGGUUUGAUAACUGCCCGUUCGAGUCUAGCCUUGAAAAGUAUUCACGUCAUGGGAGGAGUGAUUGAUGCGGAUUAUCAAGGAGAAAUUAAAGUAAUUCUGUUAAACAAUGGUGAACAAGAUUUGAUUAUUCAUCCCCACGACAGAAUAGCACAACUAUUGAUAUUGCCAGUUUUGAAAGCAAUUGUGAAAAAAGGGGAUCCACCUCAAGUUACCACUGUUCGUGGAGAUAAAGGGUUUGGAUCAACUAAUUUCAAUAACGGAGCUAAAGUAUGGGUCCAGAGUUCAAGCGGACCUCCUGAACCAGCUGAAGUAGCUCAACAAUAUCAGAAACAUGUUAUUCAUUUCAAUAUUUCUUUCCCCCUGCUACCAUCAUGUAGAUGGAAAAGGGCAUGGUAUGACACCCUGUUAGGAGGAACUGGGGCAGGAAUGGGAGUUUUAAAUUCUAUUGAUAUCGAAACCUUAACAAACAAAGUAAAGAAUGCUGGUUAUGAUGUGGCGGAAGGAAUUAGGUUGCAGGCUCGGUGGCUUCCAACUACCUUUACCCCACAAAUUGGGUCACUGAACUAUGAUACAGAAUUUUUAAAGCUCUUCAAUAGGACUCAAAUUAAUCAGUGGCAUGUUGACCACAACUUUAGCCAGAUUAUGAAUUGGACAACAUGUACACUGCAGACUUUACAUGUCCUUAUGCAACGAAACAAAGCUCAGAGUGACUUAAUGGCUAAUAAUGAGCUGUUAUGGAGAAACAUAUUUAAGAAAUGGAUUCCUCAAACCCAUUGGGUCAAACUAUCUCCACAGACAGUGCAGUGCACAGAUUUAUUCUGUGCUGGUCAAAUAGUCCACGACGAUGUUAGCCAACCUGAAGUUAUGUGUAAAUUUCUAGUAUUGCCUGUAAUUUUUGGGGAAAAACCACCCUUUGAACCAGAAUAUUGGCUGCCCCACUUGGAGGGAGAUUAUAUAGACUCUAGGAAUUGA